AAAACAUGUUGAAAUAACUGACAUUCUUUAGGACCAUGGGGUGAACUGUUCCAUUUGACUGGUACCUUCACACUCAUCCAGCACUAGAUUGGUAGCCGGUAAAGUCUGAAAUGCUGCUAUUUGACACUUUUACAUACAAAGCACAGUGCAGCUGCCUUCACUUCACAAGUAAGAACUGUGGUAGCUCUAGCCGGUGGUGUGUGUCUGUCUGUAUGCUGCACGUGGUCCCCGCUGUAUUUUUCCCAUCUGAGCAGAAGACAAAAUGCAACUCCCCCAUUGCAGGCACACAAAAUACAAAUGUCAUUGAUGUUUUUCUUCAGGUUGGACAUCAGACUAUUGAGGCUUUGGUUUAACACUUUUUGUUAGAUUAGGUGGAGACGGAGUCCUGGAUAGAUUUAUAUGGGAAAGCCUGUACAGAAUUCCUACUGAAAGGGAAGGAUCGCUGACGGAUUGUUAAACCCUCGGUCCACUUAUGUUUCCGACGGGAUCUAGUCUACUCGCCGCAGAACGCGCUUUCACGUUGGAAGGAGAGUGCAGCCUACCAUCCCAAUGCCUUCCCCAACCCAAGGCCCCUAUGAGAGAGGCCUUUAAAGAGGAGGGGAUUUGACCAAACAAUCCAGCUCUGUAAGUCGGGAUGGAGGGUGGACAGGGAGCAGGGUCGUGCUCCAGCCAGGCUGUGGAGGCUGAGUACCCCGCCCAGGGGACAAGUUCUCCAGCCAGGGGAGGAGGGGAUGCAGGGCUGGGCUCUUGCAAGCACAACGGACUGAUCAAUACCCACAGCUUGAUGGUGGAGACUAAGGAAGGGCUGGUGUCAGUGUACUCGGGGUCACAAUACCAGGGUCACAUGGUGGUCAACCUAUCCCCCCAGCAGGAGCAGAAUGGCCAGGGAGUGGGCGGAGGAGGGGGACACCCACAGCUGCUCAACCCCAGCGCUCUGCCCCAGGGCAUGGACCCAUGCUUCAGGCCCGACCUGAUCCUGUACUCUGAGAACACGCUGCGGGCCUGGGGGGAUGGAGGAGUCGGGGAUUGCUGUGAGACCACCUUCAUAGAGGACUUGGCAUCCGGUUCCUCUGCCGCCUCCAAGGAUACGCUGAUGUUUGCCGAUGGCAAGUUCCUGGACAUGUCUGUGGAGGAUGCAAAGAUCCAGACCCUGUCCUAUGACGAUGAUGAGUUCCAGGACCUGGAGAGCGAGUACUCGAGCGACUCAGAGAGUGAAGACAACUUUCUCAUGAUGCCACCGAGGGACCACUUGGGCCUGAGCGUCUUCUCCAUGCUGUGUUGCUUCUGGCCCUUGGGGAUCGCUGCCUUCUACCUGUCCCAUGAGACCAACAAGGCGGUGUCUAAGGGGGACUUACACUUGGCCAGCUCCAGCUCCAGACGUGCACUCUUCCUGGCUGUGCUGUCAAUCACCAUCGGCACAGGCAUAUAUGUGGGCGUGGCUGUAGCGCUCAUCGCAUACCUCUCCAAGAACCACCACUUGUAGCCUUGCCCUGCCCCCACUGCACUGUACUGACUGCGCUGGGGGUAUGGUUCACUUGGGGGCAAUUGAACAAUGGAAUAUGGGCCUGCAAACUAUGGGACUAUCAGGAUGGACAGAACCUGGCCAUAUGGUUGACACAAUUCGUGAGCUCUAACAUGAGGUUCUUGAUAUGGAUAAUGGUAUUUUAACGGUCAAGUUAUUCUCUCAUUUUCACCAAGAAAAAAACGGAGACUGUUAGUCGUUCCAUUCACAACUUCUUUUCUAGAUGUUUCAAAUUGGUUUGCGUUUUACCAAGGCAUAACACAGCCUGUGAGAGGUCAAACCAACAUGCACUAAAUAUUACCUGUACCAAGAGCAUAUUGUACGUUUUACGGGGCAUGUUCAAUGCUCAGUUAACGGUGAGCUGUGGAUGUCCAGCUACAUUCACCACACUAACAGUCACAUCUGGCUGCUCCUGUCGUGGAUAAAAUAUGUCACUCAUCCAAACAUUUAACCUGUAUACAUUUAUUCAACGUCACAUUGAAUUGAUCCGUGGAUGUGACACAGUGCAGCUCAACUGGAUCAUUUCUCGGUUGAAUAUUACAAAUUCUAUAAAGUAAUGUGAUGGUUUAUAUACGGUGCCUACAGAAAGUAUUCACACCGCUUGAUUACAGCCUGAAUUUAAAAUGCAUUCAAUUGAGCUUUUCAUUGCCACUGGACUACACACAAUAACCCAUAAUGUCAAAGUGGAAUUAUGUUUUUAGACAUUUUUACAAAUUCAUUCAAACAUUUACAAGCUGAAAUGUCUUCAGUCAAUAAGCAUUCUACCCCUUUUGUUAUGGCAAGCCUAAAUAAGUUGAGUAAAAAUUAUGCUCCCAUAAUAAGUUACAUGGACUGUGUGUGCAAUAAUAGUGUUUAGCAUGAUUUUUGAAUGACUACAUCAUCUCCGUACACCACACGUAAAAUUAUCUAUUGGGGGGGGGGGGCAGACAUUGAAUAUCCCUUUGAGCAUGCUGAAGUUAUUAAUUACACUCUGGAUGGUGUGUCAAUACACCCAGUCACUACAAAGAUACAGGCCUCCUUCCUAACUCAGUUGACAGAGAGGAAGAAAACCUCUCAGGGAUUUCAACAUGAGGCCAAUGGUGACUUCAAAACAGUUAUAGAGUAUAAUGGCUGUGAUAGGAGAAAACUGAGGAUGGAUCAACAACAUUAUAGUUACUCCACAAUACUAACCUGAGUGAAAAGAAGGACGCUUGUGGGGUAUUGUGUGUAAAUGUGUGAGAAAGAAAAUCUAUUGAAUCCAUUUUGAUUUCAGGCUGUGUAGCAACAAAAUGUGGAAUAAGCCGAGGGGUAUAAAUACUUUCUGGAGGCACUGUACAUUAAAGUGACACCACACUCCAAUACAGUAUCUUGGUGGCCCUAUUAUCUCAAGGGAGAACUGAUGUUUCCUCGCAGCACAAUAUUUUUUAACACGUUUCACACCUGAAACGUGGAGCUUUUUUUGUAUCCCUACGACGACAUGCUUUUGUGUUCCGUCCGGGAUAGGAAGUGCACAGGCUGCAGCUCCCCAACAGAACCAGCAUACACAGAGAUACAGUACCUCAAUGUUGAUAGGCACAAAUAAGGGGGGAAAAAGCCGACGGGUCCUUGGAGGCAGAAGCCAUGCUGUAAAUACCUCUAUGCUUUUUUAUUUAUAGACAUACUGGAAUAGAUGUGAUACAUCAUUUUUUUUUGCAAUAUUUUUUUUCUUCUCCUGCUGUAUACUGCUACUAUGUCAACUGUCAAUGUUUUGGAGACUCAUUGGGAGAGUCAGUGUUUGACAUAAAAGUGCUUGCAAAUUAAAUGUAGUGUUAUGUCUGA